AUGGAAGAUAUAUUCAAACGUUUAUCAUGGGAAGAGAAGGGUAUCAAUAUAGACGGAAAACGCCUCAACCACUUACGAUUUGCGGACGACAUCGUUCUCUUCAGCAGUAACACAAAUGACUUGACAACAAUGAUUCAAGAACUGAAAGAUGCUUCCCAAGCUACAGCAGAGAUCACCGGAAGAAUCAAUCUCACCUGGAUAGCAUUCGGGAAACUUAGCUAUAUCUACCGCAACCCGACUAUACCAGUGAAUUUGAAAAAGAAGGUCUACAAUAUGUGUAUCCUCUCAGUAACAACUCGACUCGAGACUGUGGCACUUACAGUGGGCAGUGCAAAUCGACUCCGAGUCUGUCAAAGGGCAAUAGAGAGAACAAUGCUGGGUGUAAGCCUAAGAGAGAGGAUCAGAAACGAAGAGAUAAGGAGAACAACAAGGGUCUGUGACGUUGUAGUAGUAGUAGUUGUAGAGGAUAGUCUCAGGUGGCGUUGUGCAGGACCAAAAAAGGAACUCAUACCGGUGUUGUUUAGGAGGGGAGGAAGCUCUAUCUCAUCUCAUAAUCAGCUGCUCACUAAACCAUGA